AUGGCAAUUUUGGAAACAAAGUUCGAGGACCGGAAGUUGAUGAGGAUUAUGCGGAACAAAUUCGUUGGCUUCAUGCAAGUUAAUAAUUUUUGUACACAUCAAGCCGGAAGGAUCUUAAUUUUGUGGAAUCCAUCCAAAUUUCUUUUGAAUGUGAUGGAGGUUCAUCCACAAAUUAUUCAUGUUAAAGCUACUUGUAAGGUAACAUCUUAUGCUUCUCUUGUAAGUUUUGUAUAUGGUUUUCACAUUAUGGUAAGUCGAAGGCCUCUUUGGAAUACCAUUAUGGAGAUAAAUGAAAAUGUGUCGUUACCUUGGUUGAUUAUAGGUGACUACAGCAAUGUGCUUAAGUUUGAUGAGAAAUGCAACGAGGCGGAUAUUACCCCGUAUGAAAUUAAAGAUCUUGCAACUUGUUGCCUUAACGUGGGUCUCUCGGAUGUGCACUCCAUUGGUUGUUUUUUCACAUGGACUAAUGGGUCGGUUUGGAGCAAAAUUGAUAGGGCUUUGGUUCAUGAUGUUUGGAUACAAAAAGGGACUUUUGUUGAAGCAAAUUUCCUACCAUCCGGAUGUCUCUCCGACUACUCCCCUUGCAUUGUCUCUAUACAUGACCGUGUGGGAAGAAAAUUGUGCAAAUUAAAGGGGGCUUUGAAGGAGCAUAAUUUCAAGCAUUUUGGGCAUAUUUCGGGUAGAGUAAUCGAGGCCAAAGAUGAGUUAGAAUCUGCUCAAUUACAGCUUCAUAAUCAGCCCACCAAUGCUGAUUUUCAGAUUUUGGUUGCUAAUUUGAGGAAGAAGACCGUUACUUUAUGUGAAGCGGAACGUAGUUUUUACUACCAAAAGGCAAAGUGUAUCUUCCUCAAGGAUAGUGAUAAAUGCACUAAGUUCUUUCAUUCAUUGGUUAAGAGGAAUUCCAAGAGGAAUUUUAUUGCUACGGUUCUUAAAGAAGAUGGGAUGUAUACUACAUCACAAGAUGAAGUGGCUAGUGAAUUUGUAAAAUUUUAUACUUCCUUGUUGGGGAAGAAAUGCUCCUUUCGACCUAUUGACAUGGAUAUCCUUUCAAAUGGUCCCUUGGUUUUCCCAGAACAAGGUGACACCUUGGUUCGGGACGUUUCUCAUGAGAAAAUAAAAGAUGCACUUUUUGAUAUUGGGGAUGACAAAUCUCCCGGGCCGGAUGGCUAUACCUCUUGCUUUUUUAAGAAUGUUUGGGAGAUUAUUGGUGAUGAUUUUUUUGGGGCUAUCUCGAAAUUCUUCUCUUCGGGUUGCAUUCUUAAACAAAUCAACCACACGGCAAUUGCUUUGGUGCCUAAAUCAGAUCACAUGUCACAUGUUGGUGAUUAUAGGCUUAUUUCUUGUUGCAAUGUUAUUUAUAAAGUGAUUGCUAAAAUAUUUGUUUCAAGAUUGAGACCCAUUUUGAGAGACAUUGUUGGUCAUGCGCAAGCCGCUUUUGUGGAAGGUAGGAGUAUUAUGGAGAACAUUCAUCUUGCCCAAGAGCUAUUGAGGCAAUACAAUAGGAAAAGGGUUGCUCCUCGAUGCCUCUUGAAAAUUGAUCUCUCGAAGGCCUAUGACUCAGUGUGUUGGGAUUUCCUUAGAAAUGUCUUUGUUGGUUUGCAAUUUCCUUCGAGAUUUGUUAAUUGGAUUAUGGAGCGUGUCACUUCUACAUCAUACUCUAUUGCUUUGAAUGGGACUUUGCAUGGAUUUUUCAAAAGUGAGAAGGGUCUUUGGCAAGAUGAUCUCUUCUCUCCUUUCCUAUUUGUGCUUUGUAUUGAAUAUCUUUCGAGAUUGCUCAAAGAUGCCACAUAUGAUAGUGAUUUCAACUUUCAUCCUAAAUGUGGCCCCCAAAAGAUCAACAAUUUAGCUUUUGUCGAUGAUUUGAUGCUAUUUGCGAUGGGAGAUUUUUUGUCGAUUAAAAUUCUCAUGGAUUGCCUUUCUAAGUUUGGUUCGGUCUCAGGAUUAAAGUUGAAUAUCCUUAAAUCCAGCUUGUUUACAGCUGGUGUGCAUGGACAAAUUCUUGAUGAUAUCAUGGAAUUAACUUGUGUUCCUAGGGGGAGUAUGCCAUUUCGGUAUUUGGGCAUCCCCCUUGCAUUGGACAAACUCAAGGUUAGUGGUUAUGCUCCCUUUCUUGAUAAAAUUACAUCAUAUAUUGGUGCAUGGAAUUCCUCUACGUUAUCAUAUGCCGGAUCUAAAAAGUCAUUAGUAGCGUGGAAGGAUAUAUGCCUACCAAAGGAAGAAGGGGGCCUUGGAUUAAAGGAUUUGAAGAGUUGGAAUUUAGCGCUUCUUGAUAAAUCCCUUUGGAAAAUCCACAAUAAAAAGGACUCCCUAUGGAUUCAGUGGGUCGAUCAUGUGUAUCUUCAUGGGUCUUGUAUUUGGGAGAUUUUCUUUCGUGGUCGGUAUACUGGAACGGGACAUGUUGUUGCUAGAAAUAUUUCUGCACGGCAGGACCUCAAUGAUAGAUUUUUUAACGCCAAUCUUGCUACUAAUAGCCUGGUUCAUGGGCAGACAAGGGACGGUUUUUAUGGCUGGAAAAUGAUGUUAUUCGGUAAGCAAUUUUUGCAAUCUUGGACUGAAAAUCUGGACAGUUCUAUAAAUUACUCUACUUGGAUAUUAAUCACAAGUGUGUUCUUUGUGGCUGUUUUAAGGAAACUUCUGAGCAUCUUUUCUUUAAGUGCUCUUUCACAUCUUCAUUAUGGGGGAGCAUUAGGAGAUGACUUGGCAAAGAGAGUUGCUUUUUCAAGCACAGUGUACUACAUUUGGCUUAUGCGGAAAAGGAAGAUAUUUGAAGACCUCUCACCCGACUUGGAUUCUAUUGUGAGACUGAUCAAGACACACGUAUACAAAGUCAUGUUUACUUUAUAUCCGGAUGUCUUAAUUCAUUUCGAAUCCUUGGCCGUGGAUCAUUGA